AUUUCAUCUCUGUACAUGUUUACGACCACCAUUACACUUUCUGACUUUAAUUUCACAAAUUUCGACUACUUUCAUUUUGGGUCCGUGAUUAUUCCGUACAAUACAAUCAUAACAAAUACAGAGGCGAAGCAAAUAACAGAAAAAAGAUUUCUAAUGUCUGAAACAAAGAAGCAGAAAGAAAUUGUCCUUUGUACAGGAAACAAAAACAAACUGAAAGAGUUCUUGCAAAUCCUUGGACCAGAUUUUCCAUACAAGAUUACCAACGCAGAUGUGGAUUUGCCAGAAUAUCAAGGUGAACCAGAGGAUGUUGCCAGAGAGAAGUGCAAGCUAGCAGCUGAACAGCUGAAAUGUCCCGUCAUCACUGAGGACACUAGUCUGUGUUUUAAUGCCCUGGGUGGACUCCCGGGUCCAUACAUCAAGUGGUUUCUCCAGAAAUUAGGACCCGAAGGUCUCCACAAGAUGUUAGAGGGCUUUGAUAAUAAGACUGCCACAGCAAUGUGUAUAUUGGCGUACAGCUCAGGAGAAAAGGACUCUGAAGUGAAAUUGUUUUGUGGGAAGACACCAGGACAGAUUGUGAAACCCAGAGGACCCAAUGACUUUGGUUGGGACCCGUGCUUCCAGCCGGAGGGAUUCACCCAGACUUACGCAGAAAUGCCAAAAGAAACAAAAAACACCAUUUCCCAUAGAUUCAAAGCUGUGGAACUCUUAAGGCUAGGAAAACAUAAUCUAUAAACUCUCAGGUCAAAUAUUUCAAGUUUUAAUCAUACAGGCAGAUUUUUGUGUUGCCUGCGAAUCAUGGUGACGCUGCGGGAUUACUUUGUUGUCUGUUGCUGCAGUUUUCAGAAUCAGGAGACUUGUUUUGUAGUCUAAGGAAGCAUUUUUUGAUAUGCAGGAGAGGAUUUAUAAAUUCAACACCUGGUUUGUCAAAGUAAAAAUUAUGUAUUUUUUUAUUGUUAAUCUGUAAAUUGUGUUCCAUUAAAUGUAUCUUGCGUAAGUGCUGUUGUCAUUGAAGUGCUAAGGUAAAUUACUAAGGGUUAUAUACCCCAUAGAUCUAAAAGAAGUUUGAUGUGUCAAUUUGGACAGGUUUCUUUUUAGACAGGUAUGCCUUUUGCUUCAGUUUCAAGAUACUUUAAUGAUAAAAUGUUCUUACUUUCUUAACCAUGUUUUCAUAUUGUUAAAUAAAGUUUGAUAAUAGAACUCCUGCAUUAGAUUCAUUGACAAAGUCUGGUUUUUCUUUUUUGUAAUUCUUCAUUAUGUCUAUGUAAUGUAAAUCUUCAUUAUCCUAUGUAAUGUAAUUCUUCAUUAUGUCUAUGUAAUGUAAUUCAUCAUUGUGUAUAUAAUAUGUGCUGUAAAUUUGAAUUUAGGGUUGUGAAUUUAUAACUAAGAUGUUAGGUAUAAAAUCUCCAUCCGAUUUCCUUUUCAGUAAAAAACAAAAAACUUA